AUGGGAGAGGACGCCAAAUUCGAUGAGGAAUUUUGGAAUGCCGAGAUGUUCAAGGAGGAAGGCGAGGACGAGCUCUACUUUACUGAAUCAGAGUCUGAGGACGAAGUGGACGAGGACUUUGACGCACCCGAGCCCACGGAGGCCGAGGUCGCGGCCGCUGCGGUGACGGACGAGAAGGAGGCGCUGGAGGUGGAGAAGAAGAAACCCCAGACCAAGCGCUACGUGGAUCCCGAACGACAGAAACAGGGCGAGGGUCCGCCGAAGUCGCGUAAGUCGUCCCGCUCGCUCACGGUGAAGAAAAUGCAGGAGGGAAAGCAGCGACGCAUCGAAGAGCAAGAGAGAAGGAAGCGACCAUCGCUGAAGGCCGAGACGCGAGCGCUGACGCAGGAGGAAGUGCUCUCGGAGGCCAAGGAAACGGAGAAAAUCAACUUGGCGCUUCUUGAGGAGAUGCUGAAACUCGAAGCCAAGCAGAAGCCCGUCAUCCGCAAGCAAAGAGUGUACGUCUGGCCGCCGCAUUACAUAACCCUUGGCACACUGCGACCGUGCCCGUAA